AUGAAGUUGGCCGUCGUAGUCGUCUUUAUUUUGAUGGUGCUGGGAACUGGUGUGGAUGCACAGAGAUUGUACAGCUGCUGGGGUGGGUGCUACAACAAGUGCUUCAUACAAGGAAGAAACACCAUGACUCUAUCUCAGAAGCUUGCUUGUAAAUUUUCAUGUCUCAGGGCCUGCAUUCCUUCUACUCCUACUGAUUAUGCCUACUACUGUCGCCGUCGUUGCUCCCUCAGACAAUGCAGGCAACUUAUCACUGAUGGUCCAAAAUUGGAGGAAUGCUUUGGUAGGUGUACUGAUUUCUGCAGUGACAGUGUAGUAGCUCCAUGAAUAAUUUUUGGCUGCCUUAAUUUGAUGAAAAAUGGUUGGCUGUUGUGAUUGAUGAUUCUUCAUCUUGCAAUGAAAUAGUA